ACGGCGGCCGGAUGCUGCCGCUGAUGCCAACGCCUCUCGGCACAACGCGCGUCGCUGACGAGUGGCCGCCGGUGGCCGCAGCCGCCACUGCCUCGGUACAUUAUACCGGCGCAAGCCAUAAGGCCGCCGCCACUGUCGCUGACGCGUUAUCCGAAUGCAACACCCGCGCCCUCGUAGUUGUACCACACGCGUUAGCACUACUUAUCGCAUCACACACCGUAUCGCACCGUCGUCGAUAUAUCGUACAGCGCGCGUGCGAGUAUCAUUUAUCGAGUACCUAUAUAGUCGUCGGUCCGUUGAUUCCGCCGCGUACCAUUCGCGACAGUGCGUGUAAAACAGCAAAUAAAUAAUAGUAAUAUAAUUACAUUGUGUUGGUCAAUACAUUUUAGAUCUAAAAAGUUAUCCUCAUUACAAUUUUACAUCGUCCUGCCGAUCGGAUUGAAAAAUUUCCACGCGAUCGCCGCCUAUAUUAUUUAUAUGACGACCAUGGCCAACCGUCGGCUGUGCCCUCCUAGAGGGACGACUGCCGUCGGUGGUUCAUUCGACUGUUGGUCAGAUGCCAACGCCACGCGAUCGAAAACUGAGAGCGUCUAGUGAUUUUUCGUUAUUCGUCCUUGUCGUGGUUCUAAAUAAUAUUUCUUCUACUUUUUUACGAACGCAGAAAAUCGAAAAUCGAUCACAAUUCUGUCAUCGAUACCGUUUAGGCCAGGGUUGAGGCCGAACAUGCUCAACAACAUCAGUAUAAUUGGCCCGAAUAAUGUCGGCGGCCAUAAGGACUUCGAUGGUCUCAAACAUCGAUCGCUACACCAGUUGCAGACCGGUGGUAGUGGUGGAGGUGUACACGACGUCGGGGGUAGUCACGGACUCGGCGGCACAGGUAACAGUCACCUGCAGCAAGGCAACGGCCCGUCACCUUCGCAUCAGCUGUCCACCGGCGCCGGAGGUGGCGGCGGUGGACCGUUCCGGUUGUCGUGCGGAGGUUUCGACCUGUCAACUGCGGCCGGUCACGGACUGGCCGCUGCUGCCGCUGUGGCCGCCGCUGGUGGUGGUGGUGGUGGCGUCGGACUCAACGGCGACGACGCCGGAAAGCCGAACAAGCAGAAGAGACAUCGGACCCGGUUCACGCCGGCGCAACUCAACGAGCUGGAGCGGUGUUUCAGCAAGACCCACUAUCCGGACAUUUUCAUGCGAGAGGAGAUCGCCAUGCGAAUCGGUCUCACCGAGUCCAGAGUACAGGUAUAAUAUAUAUUAUUUUCACUUUCUAUUCGCUAAACAAAUUGUAUAACAUACGCCAUGUGAUCAGAAAACCCAAAACUUGUCGAAGCUGUGUUAUUGGGCAGGAGUGCAUGACCCGUUGUACUAGAACCUAUAUAGCCUAUUGAUACUCUAGUUAUGACAAAUUAAAGAAAUUUACAAAAAUUCUAGAUCAAUUAUAUGGGGACCCGUUGGGAUCAAAUAAUAUCAUUACGCACAUGGCACAUCCAUAAUAUUACGAAUUUCCUUCAUUAGUCAUUAUAUAUAAUCGAACUCGUGAUCAUGUAGGUAAGUUAUAAUUCUUCAAAUCAUAUUGGUCAAUACCCACCAAUAUCACAUUGCUUGGACAUAUUAAUAUAUUAUAUAGGUACUAUUUCGAGCAUUUUUAAUUUGAAUGCAGUGCGAGUUCUGAAUCAUAUGAAUCUAUCUGUGUGUGUGAAUUAUUGUGUAUUUAGUUCAUAAUUAUUAAUAAUAUAUUAUAUUAUAUUUUAUGCAUAACAUAGAUUAUAAUACCCGAUAUAAUAAUAUGUAGUAUUUACAAAAAAUUACAAUUAUAUCCUUCUGACUCUGUGGCGUUGUGGGCGUUAUUCGGGGCGCGUGCCUAUACUUUGUUUAUAUGAUAUCACGUGUACAGCAGUCAGCAAUCGUCCCCAAACAUCCUAUGAUGUUCGUCUGAAUACCAAUAACGUUCGGAUCGGCAGUAAAAUAUUAAAAUCAAUUGCAUUUUACAGUUACAUUACAUCGAAAUGCGCAUGUUGCCACCUUAUAAUAUAAACAAACCGACGAUA